UUUAACAGCUUCAUCAUGGCUGGACGCCUGUUGUUCAUCAUCCUCAUGUGUUCCUUUCAUAAGAUUCAAGUACAAGGUCAAAGACCAGAGUUGAGUGGUCAUCAUACUGAAGAUGAUUAUAUCUUCACUUGUUCUCUGCCUGCAUCUGUGGAACAUGAUACAACAUGUAACCUGUACUUUGGAGAAGAGAGUCGUCCAGUAGUAACAGCUAAAACCUGGAAGACAAGGAGCUCAAAAACCAACCAGUUGUUCUGUCUGUUUACUGUUCAGACUAAUGAUUUGUGGAGGCAUCUAUGCUCAGUUCAACAAAAGGAUGUCAGCUGUGAUUACAGACUGGAAUAUGAAGCCAACACAACUCUGUCUCUGGCUCCUCGUAGUGAUAGAUACAACCUGAGAGACUUUUUCCAAAACGAAUCAAAUGAAAGACGACGUGUGACCACGAUGACCACAGGCAGUUCAGCUGUUAACAUGUCAAGAGACACCACUCCUACAACAACAAGACAACCUGACAACAAGAUAUCAGAUGAUGAUCUGAACUCCACUGCUUCAACUACUGUAACAAAAGUUACAUCAGGUAACAAAUGUUAUACUCUGAAUAUGACAGGAAAUAGUUCAGUGCCCAAAGAUACUAUGGAUAAUAUGAACCACGCAACAGAUAAUAAGACCACAGUUGCUCCAUCAGGUCAGACUGAGAACACUGAUAGUUCUUCUGUCUCGGUCACAUCAGAGAAACCAACAACAGUCAUUACUCCAGAUAUUUUGACCUCAACUAACACAACCACUAUGAAUCCAGCUCCUGGUGAUGUACAAACAGUCACUGCCAGUCUCAGCUCUACUACCUUUCCCAAAACAGAAACACAGACUUGGAAGUUGAUAAUAGUUGUGGCUUGUUUUGGAACGGCUGUGACUGUCAUCUUAGUGGUGCUGGUAAUUCUUGGAACCAAUAGAAGUGGGACGUCUUCACACACAAGAUCACAAGCCAAUAUUAAACCAGACUAUAUAUGCAUGAACACUAUUUGUGAUGGAAGACAGUUGCCUGCAGGUAUUGAUGAAACCUACAGUGAGAUCACCUCAGUACGUGAUGCUGGUGUUACUGCUGGUUCUGACAAGCUGCAAAGGGAAAAGUCUCAGAAUGAACAUUCAGACAUAUAUCAUGUGUAUGCGACCAUUUCAGAGGAGCCAGCUCCAUCUGCUCAGCAGGAUGGAGUGUACAGCCUCCUGCAGCCACACUGAAACAGUGAUCAGACAUAACAUUAUGACCACCAUCCUAAUACUGUGCUGCAUCCUGCUGGCGAGCGUCAUUGUUAUUGGGUGAGAGUGUCUGGUCUGGUCUAGGUGGAUGGUACAAGUCCAAGUGACAUCCACGUAAAUGCCAGGUCCAAAGGUUUCCCAGCAGAACACUGAAUUGUCACCAGAUGGUCGAUGAUAUUUUGCUGCCAGUGCUUUUAAUGUUGUGACUGAUCAGUGUUUCAUGAGGAUUCUUAUUGUAUGCUGCUGUAACAGAAUAGCAUCCUUCUUUAGCUAAGAUGCAGGCCAAUCCUAAUAAAUAGUAACCAGAGCUACUAAAGAGGAUAUGUGUAUAUUAUUGUUACUAUGUUACGUAUUAAAUAAUUGAUUUGAUUUUGAGUUUUGUCAAUCAAUAGUAACUAACAAAAUGUAACCACUAUAUAUGGUUAAUUUGGCACUGUACAAAUGAUGGUCUGAAUAAAUGUAAAACAUUUCCUUUUGACACAUGAA